AUGGCUAGAACCAAGCAGACAGCGCGCAAAUCCACCGGAGGGAAAGCUCCCCGCAAGCAGCUGGCGACCAAAGCGGUCCGCAAGAGCGCUCCGGCCACGGGCGGAGUGAAGAAGCCUCAUCGCUACAGGCCCGGCACGGAGGCCAGCGAGGCUUACCUGGUGGGGCUGUUUGAGGUCACCAACCUGUGUGCCAUCCACGCCAAACGGGUCACCAUCAUGCCCAAAGACAUCCAGCUGGCCCGGCGGAUCCGCGGGGAGCGCGCCUAA